AUGAAAUUGUCCAUUCGUUUUUGUGCACUGCAAUGGUUCAUCAGUAUCGGGCUGCUGCCAUUAUUAUUGGUGGUGGAUGGAUUCACUCCCAUCAUCACUCCAUCCACCUCUUCGAUCCACACAGCUGUCACACCAUUGAUAACAAGUAGCAGUGACAGAAGAAGAUCAGUGUUCCUCCUGGCCAACACGAACUCUGAUGAGGCUAGUACCCUUCCAGAAAGGACCGCCAUUGCCACCACCAUCACAGAGGAACAGCAGGAACAAGAAAAGCUGAGUGAAUUUCAGGAACUCCAAAUUGGUUGGGAUCAGAUUGUCUCCUUGGAAGCCUUUGAUGGGACCCAUAUUGACCGGUUGUGGACCCCAGAAGAUGUCAUUGGAAUUGCCAUUCACAUUCCACUCGUCUCUCUCGCUUUUAUCACCGCCACAACGGGCCAAAUGGCACCUUCACUAUUCGCUAUUUGCGCCAUUUCUACCCUCUUGACGUCGCUGGCCCAUUUCAAAAUGUGUUUCGAUGAACCCCGCGAUUGGAAAGCACCACGCAUGGCCGAACCCAAAUCCGUCUACGAAUUCAGUGCCAUCUACCUCCUACCCUUUGCUUGGUUGCAAUGGAGAAUUACACCGCUGUACCCAUCGGCACUGGAACAAGGACCCUUUGAAGUUCUGGCGUGUAUAGCGCUCUCGGCCAUUACCAUUUACGGAUUUGCCUAUGCCAUCUAUGGCAAGUAUUUACUAGCAAAAGUCAAUGCCCCCCACUCGACCUACGAGGGACCACUCCAACCCUCCACACCAGCCUAUCAAACUCAGGCACAACUCUAUUUGACGGGCAAUGUCGUCAUUAACAGUUUGGCCUGUCUGUUUCUGCCUUUUGCAUGGACACUGGCCAUACGAGGCACGGAUUGGUGGAAUCGCGUCCAAGAAUUGCAUCCCAACCAAGCCGCCUUUUUGGGCAUUUCCAUCUUGGUGGCUACCAUUGGCGAUACGUCCGGCAAUUUGCUCUUGCGAUUGCAACAAUUGCAAAUCACCACGUCGGUACGGGCAUUGGUCGUCAUGGGGAUUCUUUCCAAUGUCAUCUUUUUGCUCGUACCGGAACUACUCUUUAAUGGCAUUUACAGCAGUGGCAUCUCCGAAGUGGGGUUCUACUGGGAGUGAAGUGAUCGAGUUCGCAAUAGUCUACUCUAGCUAGUCUAGUCAUGGCGGUUCUUGUGGAAGCGAGGGAGCAGGCAAAGAAGAAACGCUUCGCAUCGCUCUGGAUGGAAAGACGCUACGGUAGUAGAUUAGGUCGAUGAUUCUCG